AUGUCUGAGGACAAGCUUCGCCGGACUGUUUCCCACGCGUCCAACAGUCCCAAAACAACUGCGAACAACAUUUCCGAACUCGGUGCUGCUGUACAGUUGCAGCUUCUGAAAGCUCUUGCUGAGGCCAAGUCAGCAAGCCAGAGCCAUGUUUCCCCCGACGUUGUCUCACACGCCCACUUAGACGCGGCAACUGCAGAUUUGUUCUGGAGCAGUUCUGAGUCUGACCCAUGCAGCUGUCUACUUGAAGCCCUCGGCACCUUUCUCACUCAGGUGAUUGGGGUGCUGUCUCAAGUAGCGGUUUCUCUGACCAACGGUCCGCACAUUUCCGACUACAUCGAAAGCUAUAUAAAAAGUGUGACCAAAGAUGAUGACUUCUCAGACACAUCGGUCGUGACAUUUCUUCAUCAAAAGCAUCACUUAUUGCAAGUCUUGUCAACCGAGCUCGCCAAGGUCAGCAAUCGCUGUGAAGAAAUUUGGUUAAACCGGCCAUUACAGCAACCAGAGUGGAAUCUGCCCUUCCAUCAAGCGUCAAAAAUUCAGACUCCCGCCGGAUCAGUUUCCCAUUCCGCCCUCAGCUACCAAUCCCCACGCCAAGUAGCCAUGUCGGACGCAUAUACGCCCGCUGGUGCUGGAACACCAGUGCAUUACUCCAGUGGCUCGAAGGAGUUGUUGUCCAGGGGCAAAGGGAAGCAUGUCUGCCCCUAUGGGUACCGGUGCGACAAAGGUGGCCUCCGCGAUGACAGGACGUUGGUAGUGUUUGAGCGCAACUCGGCUUUCAGAGCCCACAUGGCUAAACAUGAGAAGAAAUACAAGUGUAAUAUCCCAGGCUGCACCAAUACGACUGGAUUCGCCAGGGUUGAUCAGCUCGAGCGUCACCAGCAGAAUAACACUCUGCGGACGUUUCCUGACGACUCCAAGGCCAAAGACUUGUCUCCCAUCAAGAUGCAGCACUGUGGACUGGAGAUCAGACACAACCGGCACAAGGAUGGCCAAAUCAUAUUCGUCACAGGGAGAGACAUGAGACAUCAAGACGAAGACUUCUCCUCUAUCAUCCUCACUGCACAGCAACCGAAACCCAGAGACGCACUUUGGCAGCUGCACCUCCAUGUCCAUUGCUCGGGGCCGAGAUGCCAUCAUGCACAGGGGAACACUGCCUCAGCAGCGCCUCCUAUCUCCGACGUGACAUCUGCGCGCUCUAGCAGGCAACAGAGCAGGUACAGCACGUCGGCGGCGUUGCUUGAGAAGCACACGUCUUCCUCCCUAGGGCCGCGACGGUCCAAGGACAGUACUAGAAGAUCUCGUCGUGAGGACUUCUUGAGCAAUGUCUCCGAGGACUUCACCUACAACAUGAACCGCUUCAUCCACGACCAUGAUCACUUCAUGUAUGGCCAUCCUAGGCCACGUGCGGGCCCUGCAACAACUACAUAUACCUCAGACACUGUCAUUCUCGGGCAAUCCAGGCGAGCUCCAGAAUUGUCGGCUCGGGAGGGAGCCACUGCGCACGAGAUUCUUCUCGAGGCUGGUACUUGGACCAAUGACUGGUCUACAUCUGCAUUAGGCAUUGCGGCGGCAAGUGAAGGUUGA